CGUGCGACAGGAUUGAUGACCGGAACAAACGUCAGGUCCAGCUGCCAUAGGGCGGGGAUGAGGUAUCCGUGCCACUUCUCAGGUACUGCUGGGUGUACCCGCUACUGGACCUCGGACUGCAUCACGUUUGACUGGGCCGAUAGCAGCUGUGUUACCCACGGGGUCCUCGCCAGUAUACUGUGUGGAAACACUAACCCUACGGUCUGUCAUCCACUUGAUGACACCUUUGUGUACAUCCCUGGCCGGUGGAGUGAUGACGGCGCCUGCGGAGUGGACUACGACACUCACGGCUGGUGCGUGCCGGGAGCGAACUACAGCAACAUGUACGCCCUGUGUGCAGACAUCGACGACUGUGCAUCCUCCCCAUGUGCACACGGAACCUGUACUGACAGCGUGGCGAGUUACACCUGUAGCUGUGAGAAUGGCUGGACAGGGAACAACUGUGAUCAAAACAUCGAUGACUGCUUGUCCUCCCCAUGUGCACACGGAACCUGUACUGACGGCGUGGCGAGUUACACCUGCAGCUGUGAGAACGGCUGGGAAGGACAGAACUGUGAUCAGGUCGACGACUGUGCAUCUUCCCCAUGUGCACACGGAACCUGUACUGACGGCGUGGCGAGUUACACCUGUAGCUGUGAGAAUGGCUGGACAGGAACCAACUGUGAUCAAGACAUUGACGAGUGCGCGAGCAAUCCUUGCUGGCUGGGAGGAACCUGCCUGGAUCACGUGAACGGCUACAGCUGUGUCUGUCCUAAAGAAACCACUGGGAAGGACUGUGAAACUGUGGCUUUUGAUGGAGAAUGUUACCAGUUCUCCACCACCGCCGCUGCCCACCCUGACGCGGCCCGAGCCUGCCAGGCCCAGAGCGGACACCUGGUGGAUGUGAAGGACGAGCAGCAGCAAACUUUCCUCGCGGACACGAUCGCGGCUUCCACCGGAGCCUCCAGCUGGCUCGCCUUCAAAACAGCACCGGCGGUGUUUCUAUACAGCAACGGAGCUCCUUUAUUUGGAUCCUUCCAGUGGUCUACAGCCGAGCCUGCUGCUCCCUGUGACCUUUGUGUUCUACUGGACAGCUCGGACAGCUUUAAGGGCAAGACAGCACCGUGCACGGAACAGCACAACUACAUCUGCCAGGACGUCCUGACGCCAUGCGGACAGAACAUCUGUCAGAACGGCGGAAACUGCACCUCCUGCUUCGGAGACUCCGCCGCCUUCUGCGAGUGUCCGGACGGGUUCGACGGCAAGACUUGUGAGAUAAACAUUGACGAGUGCGCCUCCGGUCCGUGCCAAAAUGGCGGGAGUUGUCAUGACGACGUCAACUCCUACCACUGCGUCUGCGCAACCGGUUUCCAUGGACACCACUGCGAGUCAGACACAGACUGGUGUUCCGACGUCCAGUGUCCGCACGGUUUUGUCUGCCAGGACUUCACGUUCUACUUCAUCUGCGCACACCCAUCUCCCGUCGCUCGAGGGUUCCCGUACCAGUGCAGCAGCGCCUCCUGUCCGGACGGCAUGUACUGCACCCAGAAGGGCGUGGCAGCCUUCUCCUGCAGGCCUGAUGAGUGACGUCAUAACCGAAGCCUCCCACGUGACGACCAGCAGCCAAUGGCUGCCUUCAUGUAAUCUCCAAGCAGAUCCCUUUCGGUGGCAAGACAAUACUA